AGCGAGCCUCGACGCUCACUCGUCCGUGCCGACCUCGACCCUGUCCUCCGUCCGCUCGUGCCGUCUGCAUCUCUGCGCAUCACUCCUCGGCCGGCCAAUUAUCAGCUACGAGAACUAUUAAGAUGGCUACACAAAUAGAGACGUCCAACGGUAUCAAGGCGAAUGGCAAAAUCAAGUCAAAGAACCAGUUGAGGAGGCUGAAGGCGAAGCAGAAGAAAGCGGAGAAGCAGACGAAUGGCAAUGGCGACUUGAAUGCAGAGUCGGACACGGACGUGAAGAUGGAGGGUCCAGAUACACCCAUGGAUGUUGAGUACGUACCUGAGCAGUUGGAUGUCAAAGGCCCUGCUCUCGACGAAUUCUCCGACGUAUUUGCUCGCUUCCAGCUGCCCCCUGAGGCCUCAUCAGGUCGCGACCAGGAGCCCUCGAAAGGGGAGGUCAUCUACUCGGAUGACGACAUGGCGUCUGAGGGGGACUCCGAGGCUGAAGAGAAGAAACCUCUAUCCAAGAAGAAGGCACGCAAAAUGAACCGGCUGACGGUCGCAGAGCUCAAGCAGCUCGUCAAGAAACCCGAAGUCGUCGAAUGGACAGACGUCACCGCCGCCGACCCCCGUCUCCUCCUCCAUCUCAAAAGCUACCGCAACACGGUGCCUAUCCCAAGCCAUUGGAGCGCAAAGCGUGAUUACCUUCAGGGCAAGCGUGGUAUCGAGAAGCCCCCGUUCCAGCUGCCGUCGUACAUCGCUGAUACCGGUAUCGCAACUAUGCGUGAUGCGGUCAAGGAGAAGGAGGCGGGCAUGUCACUCAAGGCGAAGACGCGUGAGCGUGUCCAGCCAAAGAUGGGCAAGGUCGACAUCGACUACCAGAAGCUGCACGACGCGUUCUUCAAGUUCAUGACAAAGCCAAACGUCACUGGCUUUGGGGAGAUGUACUAUGAAGGCAAAGAGUUUGAGACACAACUCAAGCACAAGCGGCCAGGAGAUUUGUCUCCUGAGCUUGUCGAGGCCCUUUCAAUACCGCCACUCGCGCCGCCACCAUGGCUAAUCAGCAUGCAGCGGUUCGGCCCACCUCCCAGUUACCCAACAUUGCGAACCCCUGGUCUGAAUGCUCCUAUCCCCGAAGGUGCACAGUGGGGCUUCCAUCCAGGUGGCUGGGGUAAGCCGCCGCUUGACGAGUACAAUCGACCUCUCUAUGGUGACGUCUUCGGUGUCAUGCCGAAGAACACCGAUGCAGAUAUGGGUGAACCGGUCGAUCGUAAUCUAUGGGGUGAGCUUGAACCCGAGGAAGAGGAAGAGGAAGAGGAGAGCGAGGAGGAGAGCGAGGAAGAGGAGCAGCCGGAGCCAAUAGCGCAGGAUGGCAUGCAGACGCCAUCUGGUUUGGAGACACCGUCCGGCAUGACGAGCGUCGUGUCGACAGUUGCAGGUGGUCUGGAGACGCCAGAUUUCCUGGAGCUCCGGAAGAAUGCAGGACGGGCACCCUCGGAAGCCACAGACACGGGCCCACGGUCGCUCUACCAGGUCGUGCCCGAGAAACAGACGUCUGUGCGCGGCCUCAUGGGCAGCGAGCGUGGGUACGAUGUCAGUGCGGUUUCAGGAGGUGGUGCCAUUCCUGUACUCGGCGACGAGCGAGGCUCGAAGCGGCGCAAUGGGGUGGACGUCUCGAUCGAUGCUGCGGAACUAGAGGGCAUGUCCGAGGAGGAGCUGCGCCGAAAGUACGACCAGCACUCGCGCGGGUCUGCGGGUGUGCCGGGGGCGCACGGCCGCGAAGACUUCUCGGACAUGAUAGGCAAGGAGAUGUCGAAGCGGAAACAGAAGGCGGAAAGCGACAGGGAGCGAAGACGGGAGAAGGAGUACAAGUUCUAGCUUCCCGUCCCUUGUGCCUAAUCUGUUUGUGUGGGAGUGGGUUGGAGUGUGCGCUGUACAUCGAUUGUUUCGUAAUGCUGUUUUCCUGCAUCGUAAGUUCUAUCUUGGUCCGAUCUUGA